AUGAAGCUAGAAAUUAACAUUCCACUUUUGGAAGCACUUGAACAAAUGCCUACCUAUGCCAAGUUAAUGAAGGACAUCAUUUCUAAGAGGCAAACCAUUGACACGAACCUGAUUAUUCUAACCGAAACUUGUAGUGUUAUUUUGAGGGGUAUGAAAAUUCUAAUGAAGAAGAAAGAUCGAGGAGAUGUCACCAUCCCAUGCACCAUUGGAGAUAGGUCAUUCAAAAUAGAUCUUAUUGAUUUAGGAGCCAGUGUGAGUCUCAUAGCUUUAUCCAUUUACAAGAAAUUGGGUAUAGGGGUUGUGCAAGAUACCAGGAUGACACUUCAAUUUGUCGAUCAUUCGGUCAAGAAACCUUAUGGGAUAGUUGACGAUGUUCUAGUUAAGAUUGACAAGUUUGUAUUCCCGAUGGAUUUUGUGGUCCUAGAAAUGCCUGAGGAUAAAGAGAUUCCCUCAUUCUUGGGAGACCCUUUUUAG